GACAGGCCGCGAAGUGGGAGUCCCAAGAAGUCGACACCCCAAGAAGACUGUUUCCUCACCCAGUCAGCACUUAAGUACUGUAGGCUGUCUUCUACAGAUUUGCAGUCAAGGUUUGCAGGAUGCUAUGGCUGAUGGCUCUCUGCCAGGACAAUCCGAAACAGACAGCAUGCAGCCAAGCUCUGGUCCCAUACACCAGGAGGCCUGCCAUGACUGCCCUUCAACGUCAGGCCUGUUUGUGCUGGUGUCGACAACACGUGCACUGGAACCUGAAGAUGUGGGGGAACGUUAUGUUCAUGUGCUCUAUGUGGUAUUUACUGGACUCUUGCAACAUGACAAAUGAGGAUGAUAAGGUGAUCCCUGUGAGGGUUGCCUUGCGUUGUCGCCCGUUGGUACCAAAAGAAAUCAGUGAGGGAUGUCAGUGCUGUCUUACAUUUGUGCCUGGGGAGCCACAGGUGAUUGUUGGCACAGAGAAAGCCUUCACCUAUGAUUAUGUGUUUGAUCCCACCGCGGAACAAGAGGAAGUCUACUCUACAGCUGUGUCCUCCUUAUUGAAUGGACUUUUCAAAGGCUACCAUGCCACUGUUCUUGCAUAUGGACAAACAGGAUCAGGGAAGACUUUCUCCAUGGGAGGUACCUACACAUCAGCUCAAGAAAACGAUCCCUCGGUUGGAGUAAUCCCGAGAGUUAUCAAAAGGAUCUUUGAGGAGCGUGAGAAGAGGACGGACUGUGAAUUCCACCUGGCGGUGUCUUACCUAGAGAUCUACAAUGAAGAUAUACUGGACCUGCUGUGUGUAUCUAAAGAUAAACCCACCAUCAGCAUUCGGGAAGACCCUAAAGAUGGCAUCAAGAUUGUGGGUUUAACAGAGAGACGGGUGUUCUCCGCCCAUGAGAUGGUCGGUUGUCUUGAACUUGGAAAUUCUGCUCGUACUGUUGGAUCUACAGCCAUGAAUGCAGCUUCCUCUCGCUCCCAUGCAAUCUUCACCAUCACACUGGAGCAACGCAGAGGGAAGGACAAAAUCGACUCCAUUGUCUCUAAAUUUCACCUUGUGGAUCUGGCGGGUUCAGAGAGGCAGAAGAAAACCAAAGCAGAAGGAGAUCGUUUGAAGGAAGGCAUCAGCAUCAAUCGAGGCCUUUUGUGUUUGGGUAAUGUGAUUAGUGCCUUAGGGGAUGAAAGCAAGAAAAACACCUUUGUUCCUUAUCGAGACUCCAAGCUUACUCGCCUGCUACAAGAUUCUUUGGGAGGAAAUAGCCACACUCUCAUGAUUGCAUGCAUCAGUCCGGCAGACUCCAACAUGGAAGAAACCAUCAACACGCUGCGGUAUGCUGACAGGGCUCGAAAGAUAAAAAACAAACCAAUUGUCAACAUUGACCCCAUAACUGCAGAAAUGAAGAGACUCAAACAACAGGUUCAGGAGCUGCAGGUGAUGCUGCUGCACGCUCGUGGAGGUGUCGCUCCAGUGCUCUCUGGGCCAGAGUCAGCGGAGAAUGUGACUAAACUGUUGGAAAGGAACCGUGCUCUGCAGGAUGAGAACAAUAAGCUAAGCAGAGAGCUGAGUGAAGCGGCCGGACAGACAGCCUUCAUGUUUGAGAAGAUCAUUAUGACCGAACAAGCAAAUGAGAAACUGCAAAUUAAACUGGAACAACUACGGCACCACGCUGCCUGUACAGUGGAUCUAGAGAAAGUUAUGGAGACUCUAGAGGAUCAGGAGUUGAAGGAAAAUGUUGAGGUGAUGAGAAACCUGCAGGAGGUCAUCCUGGAGCUCAAGAAUGAGAGUGCAGGGAUUGCUGCAACCAUCGAUGCCAUGGCUACAGGCGAGGAUGUAAAGGACUUGUCUGGAAACAACAGUCAAAAUUCAGUAGAUGAGUCACCAUCAGAUGUCACAGCCAUGGCUGGUAAGGAAUCCCCAGAGGCCUUUACCACCCAUCAUGCACUGCGGCAGGCUCAGCUUUCUAAAGAGCUGAUCGAGCUGAACAAAGUGUUGAGCCUGAAGGAAGCUUUUGUGAGGAAAAUGUGUCAGAAUGACACGCAGCUGGAGCCCAUGCAGUCAGAGCAUCAGAAAAAUGUGCAGGAGCUACAAUCUGCUGUGGAUUCUCUGCAGAAGGAGAAAGAAGACCUUGUUAUUGCACUUCAGUCUGCAAAGAAAGACACCAACCAUGCCAAGCUCAGUGAGCAGCGCAGGAAGAGGCUGCAGGAACUUGAGUGUCAGCUUGUAGACAUGAAAAAGAAACUUCUGGAGCAGUCCAAACUGCUAAAACUCAAAGAGUCCUCCGUCCAGAAAGUUAGCAAGCUCAUGCAGGAAAUCCAGGCGAUGAAGACUCAGCGCACACAGCUGAUGAGGCAGAUGAGGGAGGACUCGGAGAAGUUCAGGCACUGGAAGACUAAGAAAGAUCGUGAGGUGCUGCAGCUAAAGGAGAAGGAUCGUAAACGACAGUACGAGCUGCUUAAACUGGAGAGAGAUUUCCAGAAACAGGCCAACGUUCUGCGUCGUAAAACUGAGGAGGCUGCAGCAGCAAACAAACGUUUGAAAGACGCCCUUCAGAAGAGAAGUGAGGUCGCAGAGAAACGCAAAGAUGCCCAUAACAGAGGGAUGGAGGGAGCUGCUGCAAGAGUUAAGGCGUGGCUUCUCAAUGAAGUGGAGGUGCUGGUCAGCACAGAAGAGGCUCGGCGUCACCUCAACGAUCUGCUGGAGGACAGAAAGGUUCUGGCUCAGGAGAUCAACCACCUCAAACAGCAGAUGGAGGCAGGAGAGCGACCGGCUGCCAAGAUCAGGCGUCGGACACUUAUCAUCUCAGAGCUGGAAGCCCAGGGGGCGCUGGAGACUCCAUUGGCCAAACAGGUGGAAAACCUGGAGACAGAAAUGGGCCUCAGGAAUGCCCAGAUAGCUGACCUGCAGCAGAAAGUCCUUGUGGCUGACGGCGAGGGCCGUUUGAAGCAGCGCAUAGACAGCAUCACAAGCAUAGUGGAUGCAAAGUGUGCCUUGAGGGUCCUCAUGUCUGAGCUGGUGUCUGCCAAAACAGGCAGCUUAAAGCUGGAGAGUGAAGUGAAACAAGAGAAAGGGAACGCACAAGAUUUAAGAAAGAUGCUGGCUGAUGAGAGGAAUGUCAUGUCAACCAUGGACAUGGAGCAUCAGCAGCAGAUGGUGGAGCUUGAGCAGAGGCAUCAGGAGAAGGUCCUUUACCUGCUCAACCAGCUACAGAACAAACCCAUCUGUGAGGAGUCGGAGGAAACAAAGGAGGAGGAAGAGAGCUCAAGAGAGAAAGAACUCCUCCAGCGCCUCAAUCUCCAGGAAGAAGAGCUUAAAAAACUGCAAGGACUUAGUGAACAGAACCAGAAAUUGGUGGAGCAGAAUGAGCAAUACAGACAGAAACUCUCACUGCUCCAGCUAGCCAGUGGACACAAAGUCCUCGUUCCUCCAACCGCCCUUGAAAAAAAACAGGAUGACUCUUUCGAGUAUGUUCCUCCAAAGCCUAAAGCGAAACGUUUCACCACGGCUAAAGCCCCCCUAAACAUGGCCAUCAACAUAGAGGAGCUAAUGUCGCCCAGUGAGGAUGAGAAUGAGGAAGAGGCUGAUGAGUGGCAUCCGGAAAAACCUGAGAAGGGACGGAGAGCUUCAAAGAAGCCAAAGGCAACUGGGUGCGCAUGUAAGGGGCGCUGCAGUACCAAACAUUGCCGGUGUCGCAAAAGCAAGAUGACGUGUGGACAGAACUGCCUGUGUCCUCAUGAAAAGUGUCGAAAUAUGGACCAGGCACUGGCUGCAGAUGUGAGUCAGGCAGACAGUGUUUCCAAAGACUCUUUGUCUCUUCAGGACCCCACAAACAUCAGCCCUGGCAACUCCACCUUCUUCAAGCCACCAUCUUGUACACCCACCAAGAAGGUGCUUAAAGAAAUCGGAGACAUGGGUUAUGCCUCUGCAGACCUGAAGCUGGACAGGAAGCCCUUCUUGGCAGAAGAAGAAGAGGAGGAGGAGGAAGAUGAGGAAGACAGAACGACAGUGAGCUUCCUGAAGAAGAAGAAGAGAAUCCUGACAAGUUUUCAGAACAGUUUUUUCUCAGGAUGCACUCCGAUCAGAGAGGAGUCUUAGAGAGUAAACUUUUACUUAAGUUGUCCGUGUCUUCUGUUGUUUCAUUGGCGUCUCUUUUUUGACUGUUGUGUACUGUAACUUGGAACGUAGCUGUUGAUUUAUAAUUGUAUUGUUUUUAGGAGAGGGUAACAGAGGGACUGUGAAUAGUAUUAAAUGUUUUACUGGAAAUCACUUUGAGACGAUCAAGUAACCUGUACAUAGCGUUUUAGUUUAAUUUAGUUUGUGAUUUUCCCAUAAGGUAAGAAAACUUUGAUCUAAUGUAAAAUCCAUUUUCAUCCUCAGACAGACAAAAACUGUACAUAAAUACAAACAUCAAACACAUCAUUAUAAUGUCCUGAGGAUAAAUGUUAGCUAUUUAACUGUGCUUUUACUGUUGGAGCUGAAUAAAAUCUCGUUUUUAA